AUGCCGCAUGUUCGGGUGGUUGUGCGCGAGCCGGCUCAUCACCGUCAUCGCGAAGCACCCAAACACCGAGCCGCUGCCCGCGAUGAUAUCCUCUUCCACAAGCUACGCCGUGUCGAAGUCCCGGACUUCCGCUUCUGCGUCGAGCUGGGCCUCGUCAUCCGCAGCCGGCGGCGCAACCACAAGACCGUCGCCGGCCUGGAAGACGAGAUCAGCGCCGAGUUCACGCGCGCGGGGAUUCUUAACCACAUCGCCAACUCGCGCUCCUCGCCCGUCUCCUCGCGCGAGUGGACCAUCGCAAGCGAGCUCAGCAUCCCGUCGCGGCCGCGCGACUACCGCUUCGGCAUGAAGCUGGUCUCGCCCUUCAUGCGCUUCUGCAGGCGGCCCGAGGUCUGGCAGGCCGAGCUGCGCGCCGUGUUCCGCGCGCUCGACGACGGCUUCGAGAUCACCACCAGCCACCAGUGCUUCACGCACAUCCACAUCGUGCCCGACGCCGGCUUCUGGACGCUCAACCAGGCCAAGGGGCUGGCCAAGUCGGCGCUGUACUUCGAGCGCUGCCUGGACGCGCUCGUGCCGCCGUACCGCCACCGGAGCGUGUGGGCCAAGAGCAACCGCAACAACCGCUACUUCCUCGGCAUGUCCAUGGCCGAGUCCUUCGAGCGCAUCGACGCGCAGGGCACCUUCGAGGCGCUGGGCGCGCGCAUGAACUGGUGCAGCUCGGCGUCGGCCACGGGCCUCGCGCUCGGCGCCAAGCCCGGCCACGACUUCCAGCACGACGCCUUCCGCUGGAACUUUGUCAACCUCAACGAGGGCGGCGGCUUCGGCACCGUCGAGUACCGGCAGCCGCCCGGGUCGGCGAGCGCGUCCGAGGCGAUCGCCUGGGUGAUGCUGGUGGCCUGCCUGGCGAGGCUGAGCUGCGGCGCCGGCGGCGAGCUCAGGCCCGGGGAGAAGCCGCAGCUGAAGAGCCUCGGCGAGUGGCUGCUGUACGAAGCCGAGUGGUGCGGCAUGCCGCACAAGGGGCUGCUGAAGGGCCUGAUCAAGCAGGCGGUGCCGGUUGUGCCGGCGCCGGGGGUCCUGGCCGGCAUGGACGCGGACAGCAUCGCGGUUGAUGAGGCGCAGAGGCUGCGGUGGAAGACCAAGGAUCGGAAUGUUGCACUGGAGAAAUACAGGAGGCUUUUGAAGCACGUGGUAUAA